UCAAACUUUCCGCGCAUGCGUAGUUCAUUCGGCGUGACAAGCACGAUGGCAGAAGAGAGUCCUUUGCUACUUUCUCUGGUGGAGGAAUUUGUCUCCGGACAACAAGACAGCAAGGCAAAGGAGGCAGCGAAGGGGGUCAAAGAUGGACAGUUCACCAUGCUGCAGCUUGUGGAAGCGCUUGGUGGAAGCCUGACGAGUUCUCAGCCUCACACUCGCGCGCGAGGAGUCCAGCUACUCUCAGACGUUUUACAGGAGAACUAUGCAGAUCUCACAGAGAGAGAAGUGGAGGUGCUGAUUGCCUUCUAUGAAAACCGUCUGAAGGACCAUCACGUCGUCACGCCGCCUGUUUUACGGGGACUUCAGGCAUUGACAAAAUGCACAGCACUGCCUCCUGGCUCUGCCGUCUCGAUGCUCAGGUCUGUGUUUCAGGACGUUCAUGUUCAGUCGUUGAUGCUCACAGAGAGAGGCUGCGUCUACAACAUGCUCAUCAACCUCAUGGAGACGAGAGAAGCAGAGCUGAAAGGUUUGGGAGCCGACUUUGUUUUUGGAUUUGUCCAGUCAAUGGACGGAGAGAGGGAUCCCCGCAACCUCCUGUUAGCCUUCCAGAUAGCCAACAACAUCAUUCUGGGAGGAUACAGUCUAGGUAAAUUCACAGAGGAGCUGUUCGAAGUGACGUCCUGCUACUUCCCCAUAGACUUCACCCCUCCCCCCAACGACCCCCAUGGCAUCACCAAAGAGGAGCUAAUUCUGGCUCUGAGGACCGUCCUCACAGGGACUCCCAGCUUUGCAGAGUUUCUGUUGCCACUCAUCAUUGAGAAGAUGGACUCGGACAUUCAGAGUGCAAAGCUGGAUUCACUGCAGACUCUUGCUGCUUGCGGGUCAAAAUAUGAUCACAGAGACUUGGCUGAAUUCCUCCAGGGACUGUGGACGUCACUGCGCAGAGAGGUGUUUCAGACAUCCAGUGAGAAGAUCGAGUCAGCAGCCCUCACCGCUCUCACCGCACUCACUUCCUGUCUGUCUCGCUCAGUGGUGAACUCUGAUUCUGAAGACACCCUCAUCACCCUCCUGGAUCUGGUUCUAACAGACUGUAAACAUCAUCUGUGCGAGCCCGACCUGAAGCUGGUAUGGCCCAGUGCCAAGCUGCUACAGGCUGCCUGCAGCGCCUCCAACAGGGCGAGCCACAUCAUAACAGCUGCUGUCAUGCCCUCUCUCAUCGAGCAGUACAACAGCAGAACACAGUGUUCUCAUAGACGUACGUUGUUGGAAGUGGUGCAACGAUUCAUCAAGUCAGUGAAAACAAACACGUCUUCAGAUACCGAUGAGAGUGUGCUGUCAGCGUACAGAGCUGCUCUUUGCAGCAUGGUGUUUUCUGCUCUCUCCGAGAGUAAUUCCAGUCUGCAGAUCACUGCUACCACCGUUCUCACCUCACUGAUACAACAUAAAGGCCUGCUGUUAGACUCAGAUGUUGGUCUGGCUGUAGAUCACCUGACCAGACUGUUGCUGACCGAGGAGGACGAGAGUGUCAGUUCUGCUGUUGUUGAGUGUGCUGGAGCUUUAGCAGAGCUGCAUCCUGCAGCCCUCAUCACUAAACUGAUCCCAAAGCUGAAGGAGGAGAUGUUUUCUGAUCCCAGAGAAAAUUCAGAGAUGAAUUCCCAUCAUGCAAUGCGCCAACGUUGUUUGUCUGCUCUGGCUGCCGUGUCCCUCCAACCCAGUGUGGUCUUUGAGAGUACACCUGUCCUCCUGCAGGUCCUCAGUUCAGCACACACAGAUGGGGCUCGUUUCUCUGUGGACGAGGUGGUUCUGGCGUGCCGCAGCCUUCAGAGGAUAGCCGAGCAGGUUCAGGACACUGAGGAGACGGGGCGAUGUUUCCAUGAUAACAUCAUCCCACGCCUACUGUCUUUAGCUCUCCAGGCUGCGCUGCAGAAUGAGGGGUCGUCUGGUCAUCGAAGUCCCCUGACCGAGGAGGUGUUUCUGUCUGCGCUGGUUCCUGUCAUCAGCACUUCCUGCUCCCGGCUGCAGCCCAAGUUGGCAGGACAGACGGCGGCGAGGGCGGUGUCUCUCUUCCUGGAUGGCGACGUCUCCUUUCUGCCUGAUAAUUCCUUCCCCUCACACAUUCAGCUUCUCACGAAGCAGCAGGAAGAGUCAUGGAGUCGGUCUCAGCUGGUUUGUCUGCUCAUGGCAUGUGUGUGUUCCUUACCUCGCAGUGUGGAGGUGCCCCAAAUGGAGAGGUUGCUGUUCCAGCUGGAGGAGCUGAGCUGCAGCUGCAGCCACCUGCUGUCCUACACAUCUGCUGCCAAGUGCUUCGCAGGCCUGAUCAACAAGAGGCCUCUGGGUAACUCCCUAGACGACCUGAUUCAGACAACAAUGAAACGAGUGUGUAGUGAGUUGGGCUGCACCUCCUCUCCUGUGCGCAUUCAGGCCUUCACCCUCAUGACCUGGGUGGCGAAGGCUCUUCUCCUGCGGUACCACCCUCUCUUCUCACUAUUAACUGACAAGCUCUUCUCCCUGCUGGACGACCCUGAUCUGGGUCCGAUGGCAGCAGACAGCUUCUCCCUGCUGAUGAGCGACUCCGCUGAUGUUCUGAACCGCGGCUGCCAUGCUGACGUACGCAUCAUGUACCGCCAACGCUUCUUCAGUGAGAACUCAGCCAAACUGGUCCAGGGCUUCAACGCAGCACCGCAAGAGAAGAAGUCCAACUACUUAAAGGCUUUGUCCAACAUUGUGAAUGAGCUGCCGAAGCAGGUCCAGGUGUCUGAGCUGCCAGCGCUACUUUCUUUGAUCCUAGAAGCUUUGACGUGUCCUGAUCAGAGCGUCCAGCUGUCCACUCUGUCCUGCCUGGAGCCCGUCCUUAUGAACCCCCCACAGGUCCUCAUACAGCAGCUGGAGGCUUUGGUCAGCAGGCUGCUGGCUCUUCUCUGUAGUCCAGCUAUGAAAAUACGGAUUGCCUCAGUACGAUGCAUCCACGCGCUCUCCCAGUUUCCUGUGCACGAGACGCAGGUGUUGCCGUUUCGAGCGCGGGUGCUGCGAGCGUUGGCUCAGGCUUUGGAUGACAAAAAGAGGCUGGUGAGGAGGGAAGCGGUUCAUGCCAGAGGAGCGUGGUUCCUCCUGGGAAGCCCUGGGGGGAGGUGAUCUAGGGAGGGAGCACACUUGAGCACCAGGACCAAGGAGCAACGCCGUGUACUCUUGUGGAUUUCCCAUCCUCUUCCAUCUGUUCUCUGUGUUCAGACAUGUUAGGCUACAUAGACUCACAUCACUGGAUGAGGCUUUGGUCUAAUAAUUUAUCGGACCAGCGUGCUCUGUAAACUCUACAUUUUGACAUGACUAGGUAGAUCACCAGUUGGAGCUAAUUCAUCAGACUUCUGGUUUCACUCCUUCAAACAUGAGCUGUUGGUUAAUUUAAUUUGAGUGGUUUUCUUUCUCAUUCUGGGACAGACAAUGAGCCACACCUGAAUGUUUAUUAAGGGCGUGAUCAGCUGAAUGCUGUGAUCUGAACUGGUUAUUAUUUUGCAGUGCUCCGAUGUUCCUGGUGUUGUCAGAGCGUUGCUGUGACUCGUUGGGUUGAUUCAUGUUGAGGCACCGGCUUAGAACACCCUCAGGGUUCAGGAAAUACCCAGAAUCUUCAGAGCAGAGGGUCUCAGAACCGACGGGAUCGGUUCCCAGAUCCAGCAUCUGGGUCGGGUUUGGCUAGAGGAAUGAUUCAGCUACCAUCUCUGAUCAGCUCUAGUUAGGAUCUACCACACGCUGAACAAGGACGAGGUUAUAUCAGACUCUUAGUUUGUGAUGAUUAUUGAAACAUCUGAGUGUGGAUGUCAUCCGUGGGUUUUUUUUCUUCAGGACCACAUUAGACCAGUUCAAAAAGUGAUAUUUUUACCAGUUAAACAUGACAUAAGUUUUUCUACACUAAAAGCAGAAUCCAUUUUGGAGUUGGUGAAAGCUUUUUUAUGUCUGAAUAUUAAAGAACAUUUUCAUGUUUUGUGUGUUUUGUGCACAAGGACAAUAAUAAAACUUUCAGGUUAAAAACUAUAAAAUGUUAGAAAACAAAUGUUCUCUUACCAAGCUUUUCCUAAGUUUCUGAAACGUGUUUUUUAGCGGUCUGGUGGAGAAACAUUAAAUUUAUCUGUGAAGAGUUCCAUAUCCAGCAUGUUUUAGUUUUAACUCUGCUUACUGAUUUCAAUCAGCAGGUAAUUAACAGGCUUCUGCAGAGCCUGCUGAGCUGCUGAACAGGUCAUUUAACCUCUGAAUCAAGUAUUUAGAAGCAGGUAAACCACUCAGAUCUGCUGGAGAUCGAAUACUCCUGGUUCAGGGUUUUACAGUGUCGCUCUCCAACGAGGGCUGAUCAAAGAUGGUCCAGUCAGUAAAGUUAAAUUAGACUUUUUUUCUUUGUGAUUUAGAACCUGAAGUUUGGGUUGGUCUUUAAAUGAACUCUGUGCUUUUCACCGGCUCCUUUACGUGGAGAAGACGCACCUGAUGGACCGGUGACUGCUGAAGUUGGGCCCUGCUCAUGAAUAGGUGUUUCACAAAAUGAACAAAUGAAAAGGAAGCAUUCAGAGAAUUUAAACUCAUUAACUGGGUUUGCCACGUGAAGGCGAACCCAGUGCCUGAGAAAUGUUUAAAAUGCAGUAAAGUCACAGCAGAAGCCUGAUUGUUGUUAAAUGACAGAAUGUUCUAAGUGUCUGGUUUGCACACAGCAUUUAAAGCAAUGCAGUACAAGUCCACUGACAUGGGAUCAUUUUGGAGAAAUAUCCAGAUUAAUGUGCUUUUAUAUGAUGUUUAUUUAAACGGAUGGCCGCUUGUAUUUCGUGUCAUGAACUUCUUGCCGAGGAAACGUCAAUCUAAAGAUGUCAUUAAAGUGUCAUUUAUAAAAAUGCUAAA